CCUACUAUGAUGGCCUUCCCUUUUCCCCACUGCAGGGUCGCAUGACAAACAUUGCCUUCAGGUCAUGGACUCAUGGUCGCCUUUCCGUGGCGGCCAAAGCUUUCUUGCCGGUGCUUAAGGUGGCGGCCGGUGCUCCUCCGUUCUCCAGGGCAAGGAAUCCCAGAACAAAAGGGACUGCAGCUUCGUGCCUUCCCUCCCUCUGCUUGCUUUAUUCCUCCCUCCCUCUCUCCCAGUCCCAGGCUCCCAGCACCUUUCCCUGUCACUCAAUCCCUCCCCUGCUUGGCUGCUUUCCCCAUCCACCAACCCCGGCCGUCACCUGUUACUGCAUUGGUGCGAGGCAACUCUGUGAGGGAUUCUUGGCCCUCGCCGCCGCCCGUCGUCUCGUCUAGGAAGGUGAGCCUAUAUUUGUAUCUCAGGGCUGAAUUCAUGGAGACAAAAAUGCCAUUUGAUAGUAACAAUCUUAUUUUCCACAUCAAGAGAAUAGUGUAUCCUUCUAUCAGACUUGGCUACCAAUCUGCUUGUGACUACCCUGUAGUACUCGGCAUUGGAGUUCUGUUGCUGUUCCUGCACAAACUUUGCCCUUCUCUGUUUACUUUCCUUUUGUCUUCAUCUCCGGUAUUCCUGUUAACUGCACUUCUUCUUGGAGCACUAUUGAGUUAUGGGGAACCAAGUGCUCCAGUGAUUGAAGAGGAAACAUUGGAGAACCAGAAAAAAUCGUCCCCUGAAUCCAAAGUCUCCGUAACUGAACGUUCAGCUGAGGAGGUUCAGAAUGUUGCUGUCACCCGCGCGGCAAAGAUUUUUGAAACUCCAGUUUUCUGCAUCGAGGAAAGAACUUCUGACAUCCUUGUGCAUGAUAGUCACCGUGAUGAGGAGAAUGUGAUAUAUAUGUCUGCCGAUACUGUUCUUUCUGCAGAAACUUCUGUACUUAGCAAGAACGAAGUUAUUGUGGAAAGAGAAGAGUAUGUCAAGGAAUUCUGCGAGGAGGUGGAGCUGAAACAAUUUGAGAGCACCACUACUGAAAGGUGUCACUAUGAAGUGAACAAUCAGUAUCAGUUUGGUGAACUCAUGAGCGCAUGUUGGGAACCUGUUAUGAGGCAGGAACCUUGUUCGGAUUCUGAAUCUGAUCUUAGCGAUAGUUCUUCUGAUGCAUCAAUAACCGACAUUAUUCCAAUGCUCGAUGAGUUAAACCUUCCUGUAAACUUGGGGACUGAUCACCCUUCCUCAACCUUUAGAGACAACCUGAAUUCCUCAUCAGAUGAUGAUGAAGAUGACUCAAAGGAGGAUGGUGACCUUAGCUCAGACGAAGAUAGAACAGAAGAGGAGAAAGCUGAUGGAAAUUUCUGGAAGGACUUUAUGGAUCCAAGCUCUUCAGAUACGGAAAAGAAUGGGAACUUGGAGAGUUUGAUGGAUCGGCGAAAAGCAAAGAAUAUUCUGAAGUUUGAACUUGACAGGAGGUUAAUGGACAUGCAAGCUGCUGAUGCAAUUCAGAAAAUGGAGGAGGCAUCGCGCUUCCGUGUUCAGGUUCCCUCCAUUUCUACACCAAGGCGUAACCCGUUUGAUCCUUCAAGUGGUUCAGAGGAAAUAGCCGAGUUACCGAAAAUUCCUGAUUCAGCACCAUCUGUUUUACUUCCCUGGAGAAAACCAUUUGAUAUUUCAUUUGACCAAAUUGUGGACCAUGGCAAUCGUUUACAGGAAACAUGGACUCCUCGCUCGCGCUUUCCAUCAACACAGCGUAGGAAACAUGAGAACUUGUAUUUAAAGCAGUCUACCUAUCUUCGACAUCACAAUGGCACAAAGCCGGAGAAGCCUGAAGUCAGUGAAAAAGAUGCCAGUGAUAAUCACUCAUACAACAAUUCUGAGCAAGCAUGGAACAAUGGCAAGUUAUUUGGCUCACUGGAACCACAUGUUGGUGAUGAGAUUAAAAUACUAAGUGCAGCUAUUUCAGACGUGUGCGUGUUAGAAGUAAAUGAAGGAACUAAAAGUACUGAUCCCGUCAUUGGCACAGAUUCAUUUUAUAUCCAAAAAUCUAUAUCCAGCACAUCAAAAGCUAAUGAUUUAGUUUCUGCAGGUUGUGAGCAAUUGCUUUUGUGUUCUCUAUCAGAAGAAUAUAAUACUGAGAAACAUAUCGUUGAAGCAGACUCCAUCAGUGAAGUUAACUCAUUAUUUAAGUGCCGCAUGGAGGAAGUACUAGUGCAGUCCAUUUCAGAGUCCGGUAUUGAUCAACCAUUGACAGGUAAACUUGAACAUGAAUUGAAUGGUACUCUAUGCACAGAAUCUGCAAUGCCAGCAAUUGAAGCAAGAUCAGUAGAAGAAUUGAAUUCACAAUUUGUUCAGCUCAGCGGAGAAGCAUUAGAAUGUGCUACUUCUGAUUCCAGUUGUGAUGAUGAACAUAUCCAAGAUAGAUCAAGUGAAGCAUUGCCUGUGGAAAAUGGGCAUACUUCAGAAUUGCCAAAGAAAGAUUGCCAUUCAUAUCCGACUCCUGAUAAUCCAGUGGCUGUGAAUGUCAAAUGUAAAUCGAAGGAGCUGUUAACUGAAGAUACUGAGCUUCCUGUUCUAGAAGCAUGCUCAGUUGAAGAGAUGAACUCACUGUUCAGGCAACUGGAAGAUGAAGCGCCGGCUCAGAUGCCUCAUAGCUCAGAUCUCAUGGUUGGUGAACAUAAUGGAGAUAUUGAUUCUGGUGUGCUAGUUCCUGAUGCGAAUUCUAGUGAAGGUAUCGGUUCUGCUUUUGUGCACUUAAGCAACGAUGAUGAAAAGAUAAAGAUUCCUGGAGAUGGUGAAGUAAUCCUGGGUUCUGUGGAGCUAAACUCAGGACUGCAUGUCAUGGAGACCAAUGCUCUGAAUGGCGACGACACAUCCGGAUUCGAUAGUACUUAAGCGAUUGAGAUCAAAGAAUCACUUGAAAGGGCUUAAGCUUCUAUUACUGAAGGGCAGAUCACAGGGUGCAGCAACAUCAUCUCCUGGGAAAUAUCUUUUGGCCUUUGGAGAACAAUUAAUCAACAUGUCCAUGUUCAUAGCACUCCCUCUUUUGCUUACUCUGUUCAUACUGCUUUGUUUUUCUUUUCUUUUUUUUGACAAAAUAUGGUGAUAUUAGGAGUUGCAGUUUUCUAGUAGCAUGGAUCAAAAGUUUUAUCCGCGGAUUGCGAGAUUUUGUAAUGGGAAGCUAUUUGUUUGUUUCAUAUAUUUUCCGUGCGGAUUAAUAAUCAUGUAAAUCCAAGAGUUACUAUUUUUAUAAGGAAAAACCAAGAGAUACUAUUACCA